UUAUCACAAACUCGGUUUGCUAUGCUUGACUGAAAACAUUGCCAAUGGCCGCCUUAAAUCGACGCUGCUGAAACAUUAAACAGGAAAAUUACUAAAUGAUUUAUCAUCCAGUGACAGCAAGGGUCCCUGCUCGUCAUGGAUGUGUGUGAUAUCAGAGGGGCAGUGUUGGAUGUGAUCACGGAGGAGGUUCUGAGUGGAGACGAGGAUCACGACGGGGACUCCAAAACUGGUCUGUCUACUGAGCCCUUCGUGGUGGUGUCUCAGAGACGGAAGACAGUGGCUUCAACUUUCCAGCGCUUCUCCGUGGACACCAACGAGUCUCUGAGCUUUGAGGCGUGCGUCACGUCAGACGAGGAAGAGCCAGUUUCUCCCACCUCAGACGAACAUGACAAUGUUUUUGAUGAGGAUGGGGACGAGAAUGUCAUGAAUGAGACCAGAAGCAAGCUACAGGAGAAGGUUACUGAGAUGGAAAACUUUGCAGGUCACCUUGAGGAGAUAUUCCUCACCGUUGAGGAGAAUUUCGGUCGUCAAGAGCAACACCUGGAGCAACAUUACAACGACGUCCUGCAGACCUUGUCUCAUCGCUAUGACGACAGGGCCGCGGGGCUGGAGGAGGAGAAGAAGAACAAGCUGGAGGCUCUGUACACACAGCUGCUGGGAUGCGGCCGCACCCUGGAGUCCUCCAAAGAGCUCAUCGAGGCAGCUCAGGCACUGUACCGUGUCCAGGACAAACGCCUCCUCCUACAGGGAGUAACGCCCAUCCUUAAGAGAAUGGAGGAGUUUUCCAAAGAGAAGGUCGACCUCACUAUAGCCACUUCUUUAUCCUUCGACACGCCCCUGGCUGACAUGUCAGAUGUGAAAACCAUGAUGGACUCCAUCAACAUCGUACCAGCUCCGUCGGCCCCAGUCAUCAACCCCCAGUCACCCAACUCUGCCACCCAGACAUCCCUGCGUGUGUGUUGGAGCCUGUUCUCUGAUGACACAGUGGAAUACUAUGAGCUGUACUACAGAACAGUGCUGGAGGACACACCAUCAGAGAGCACCUUGGAACCACAAGUGUCCAUGGUUAAGGUGAAGGAGACCCACUGCACUGUGGAAGACUUGCAGCCCAACGCUCAGUAUGAGUUCUGGGUGACAGCUACCAACACUACAGGCAUCAGCCCCACCAGCGAAAAGGCCCUGUACAUGACAGUCCCUUCCCCUCCCUUGAUCAAACAGAGGGCGUGUACCAGCUGCCCCGAGGCUGCUCUGAUUCGCUGGGAGUCAGGAAAUACAAACCCAGUUGACUCAUACACUGUGGAGCUCAGCGAAAUGGGCUCAGAUGGAGAACAGAGUGGGGUUACUGAGUCCAUCGUGGCUAUCCCCACCUGUGAGAGUAUGAUCUUGCUGCAGGCAGGUAAGACCUUCCUGCUGUCUGUCAGGGCAGUCAACAUUGGAGGUCCCAGUGAGAGAAGUGAAGCCUUUACUGUCUCCACCACAGGCACAUUCUUCCACCUGCUGGAGGACACAGCCCAUCCCUGUCUGUCGCUCUCUAAGGAUGGCUUCAGCAUGUUCUAUGGGGACGAGGAACUGCCCCUGAGUGCCAUGGCCUUUGAUGACAACACCUUUGCAGGAUGCGUAGCAGUCCUGGGGGACCUGAUACCUGUGCGAGGCAGACACUACUGGGAGGUGGAGGUGGAGGAUGACACAGAGUUCAGGAUUGGUGUGGCGUACGAGGACACGCCCAGAAAUUCCUACCUGGGGGGCAACAACACGUCCUGGUGCAUGAGGCACACCCUCACCCCCUCCAGGCACAAGUACGAGUUCCUGCACAGCGGCUGGAGUCCCGACAUCCGGAUCACAGUGAACCCAGUGAGGAUUGGGCUUCUGCUGGACUACGGCCAGGGGACCCUGUCCUUCUUCAACGUGUACCUGGAGCAGCACCUUCAUACCUUCUGCUGCCAGUUCCAGCGCUACGUCCACCCCUGCUUCGCUCUGGACAACCCCGGGGUGCUCACGCUUCACAACGGCAUGGCAACCCCUCGCUACACCCAACUGAUUUGACGUCAGUUUUGUAACAUGUUCAAGCUGGGUGUCAGAUGGCUGAGCGGUUAGGGAGUCGGGCGAGUAAUAAGGUUGCCGGAUCGAUUGACGUGCCCUUCACCCUACUUGCCUCGGGGGAAUGUCCCUGUACUUACUAUAAGUCGCUCUAGAUAAUGACUAAAUGUAAAUGUAACCUGGCUUCUCCAGCUGCAGGGAUACUAAAUUAAAUCAGGUCACACGUCUUCUCUUGAUAAAGGAUUGACAGACUUAAUUUUUUUUUCCAAUUGUUUAUUACAGUAUUCCAUGGGAACAGGUUUACACCAUUUUCCAAGAUAAGAAAAGUUACAAUAUAUAUCAGUAAUUGGUGCAAAGCAAGUAACGAGAAUCUGAAGGCAAGCCCAUUCAUAAACAGCAUAUGGUUUUAAAAUAAAUGAAAUUAAACUACCUUGAAUGAACGAUCUAUUGUGACUAUAA